CCUCUUCGCUCCGUCCUCCCUCCCCUUCGCCCAGCGGGGGCCCCCCCCAGUGCGCCUGUGCGGAGGCCUAGCUGCCCUGCGCGUCCUCUCCGGGGUCCUGCGUUACAGUCGGUGGGGAGGGAGGGAGGAGGAGGAGGAAGAGAAGAAGGUGGGGGUGGGGAGUCGGCACGGACAUGGCUCCCGACUCCAGCGCGGAACAUGGUCUCUAGCGACCGGCCCGUGUCACUGGAGGACGAGGUCUCCCGUAGCAUGAAGGAGAUGAUUGGAGGCUGCUGCGUGUGCUCGGACGAGAGGGGCUGGGCCGAGAACCCGCUGGUCUACUGCGACGGGCACGGCUGCAGCGUGGCGGUGCAUCAAGCUUGCUAUGGCAUUGUCCAGGUACCCACCGGCCCUUGGUUUUGCAGAAAAUGUGAAUCUCAGGAAAGAGCAGCCAGAGUGAGAUGUGAAUUGUGUCCCCAUAAGGAUGGUGCUCUAAAGAGAACAGAUAAUGGGGGCUGGGCUCAUGUUGUUUGUGCCCUAUACAUUCCUGAGGUGCAGUUUGCCAAUGUUUCUACAAUGGAACCUAUCGUCUUGCAGUCUGUUCCACACGACCGUUAUAAUAAGACAUGCUAUAUUUGUGAUGAACAAGGAAGAGAAAGCAAAGCAGCCACUGGUGCGUGCAUGACGUGUAACAAACAUGGGUGUCGGCAGGCUUUCCAUGUGACAUGCGCUCAGUUUGCAGGACUUCUUUGUGAAGAGGAAGGUAAUGGUGCAGAUAAUGUCCAGUACUGUGGCUAUUGCAAAUACCAUUUUAGUAAACUGAAAAAGAGCAAACGGGGAUCUAAUAGGUCAUAUGAUCAAAGUUUAAGUGAUUCUUCCUCUCACUCUCAGGAUAAACAUCAUGAGACAGAGAAAAAAAAAUAUAAAGAAAAAGACAAACACAAACAAAAACACAAGAAGCAACCAGAGCCAUCUCCAGCCUUGGUUCCCUCUCUGACUGUAACUACAGAGAAAACUUACACAAGCACUAGCAACAACUCUAUGCCAGGUUCAUUGAAGCGCUUGGAAGAUCCGGCAGCUCGAUUUACCAAUGCAAAUUUCCAGGAAGUCUCGGCCCACACUUCAAGUGGAAAAGAUGUUUCAGAGGCUAGAGGGUCAGAGAGCAAAGGGAAGAAGUCUGCAGGUCACAGCUCAGGUCAGAGGGGAAGGAAGCCCGGUGGUGGAAGGAAUUCAGGAACAACGGUAUCAGCAACUAGUCCUUUUCAGCAAGGCAGUUUUGCGGGCACUCCCGGCAGCGUAAAAUCAUCUUCGGGAAGUUCUGUUCAGUCUCCCCAGGAUUUCUUGAGUUUUACUGAAGCUGAUCUCCGCAGUGACAGCUAUACCCACUCCCAACCGCUGUCGUCCACCAAAGAUGCACACAAAGGAGAGGCUGGAAGCCAGGAAAUGGGGGGGAAUAGUUUUACUUCUUUAAUCGGCCUCUCUUCCACCUCAGCUGCCGUUGCCCAGCCUAAAAACUUUGACAGCUCACCUGGAGAUUUAGGCAACGCCAGCCUCACUUCAGCGGGAUAUAAGCGAGUCCAGCCUUCUGGCCUUGAAGAAGACACUAUUAAGGAAAAGAAACGCAAAGGAAGUAAGCAAAGUAAGCACGGACCCGGGAGGCCUAAAGGAAACAAAACCCAAGAGAAUAUCUCCCACCUUUCGGUUUCUUCUGCUUCACCGACAUCCUCUGUAGCAUCUGCUGCGGGAAGUGUAACCAGUUCCAGCCUCCAGAAGUCACCUACGUUGCUCAGGAAUGGAAGUUUACAAAGUCUUAGUGUCGGCUCUUCUCCGCUGGGUUCAGGUAUUUAUAGCAGCAACGAUGUAGCAGUCUCAUUUCCAAAUGCAGUAUCUGGGUCAGGAUCCAGCACCCCUGUUUCCAGUUCUCAUUUACCUCAGCAAGCGUCUACUCACUUGCAACAGGUGGGAACUUUAUCUCCCUCGGCCACAGCAUCUGUCACCACUGUUGUCGCUACAACUCAGGCAAAUAACCUACCUGGAUCCUCCCUUAGUCUGGCUCCACCUCACAUGUAUGGCAAUAGGCUAAAUCCCAGUUCAGCAAUGGCAGCACUCAUGGCUCAAUCCGAGAACAGUCAAACAGAUCAAGAUCUCGGAGACAAUAGCCGCAGCCUUGUUGGCAGAGGAAGUUCCCCCCGAGGCAGCCUCUCCCCCCGAUCUCCUGUAAGCGGUUUACAGAUUCGCUACGAUCAGUCAGGCAGCAGCAGUUUGGAAAAUCUGCCUCCAGUAGCAGCCAGCAUAGAGCAGCUUUUAGAGAGGCAAUGGAGUGAAGGACAGCAGUUUCUACUAGAACAGGGCACCCCUAGUGACAUCCUAGGAAUGUUGAAGUCACUACACCAACUUCAGGUUGAAAAUCGGCGACUGGAGGAGCAGAUCAAGAACCUGACAGCUAAAAAAGAACGCCUUCAGCUGUUAAAUGCCCAGCUUUCUGUUCCCUUCCCAACAAUAGCAGCAAAUCCUAGUCCGAAUCAUCAAGUACAUACUUUUCCAGCCCAGACUGCUCCUGCUACGGAAUCCUUAAACAACAGUAAGAGCCCUCAUGUUGGCAACAGCUUUUUACCUGACAACUCUCUUCCUGCAUUAAAUCAGGAUUUAACCUCCAGCGGUCAAAGCACCAGCAGUUCAUCGGCUCUCUCCACGCCACCUCCCGCGGGGCAGAGUCCAGCCCAGCCAGGCUCCGGAGUCCCAGGAGUUCAGCAGGUCAACGGCGUAUCGGUGGGGGCACUGACUAGCGGAGGCCAGUCUGGAACCUCCUCCAUUCCGGCCGGGCCAGGAGUCGGGGGGAUCAUGGGCGCUCUGCCGGGCAACCAACUGGCAAUCAGUGGGAUCGUAGGGGCUUUAAACGGGGUCAUUCCCACCCCUGGCACGGUACCCCAGAACCCUGCGCCCCUCACCCACUCAUCUGUGCCCCAGAACGCAACACAUCCACUGCCAGCCACAUUGAGUAAUAGUGCCUCAGGACUAGGAUUACUCUCCGACCAGCAAAGGCAACUUCUUCUCCAUCAACAGCAUCAGCAAUUUCAGCAGCUGUUGAGUUCCCAGCAGCUCACACCGGAACAGCAUCAAGCCCUCCUGUAUCAGUUAGUCCAGCAACAGCAUCACCACCAACACCAUCACCAGCCCGAGCUGCAGCAGCUCCAGAUCUCUGGCCCGGCCCAGAUUCCCAUCACUAACCUGCUCGCGGGGACCCAGGCCCCUCCGCUUCCGGCAACCUCCACCAACCCGUUUCUCAGCCUCCACAGCGAUGGCGCGACACAGAAAGUAACCAGGCUUAAUGAUAAAACUGGGCCUGUCACACAAGAGAAAAGUUGACCUCUGAGAAAUGGUUGGACUGCUUUAUCCUGCUGUUCUAGCACUUCAACUAGCUGCACACUGCAGGCUUCCUCUCUGCAGCUAGGAAGAAAUGCAACAAGGAAUUAACUGCCAGCAAAGGAUUGAUCGUCAUGGGGAUUUUCUCGUAAGGCUUUGAUUUGUUUUCUUGUUGCUUUGUUGCACUGAAAUGGAGCUUUUUUUUUCCAGAUUUCAUGGACUUUGAAAGGAAAAAAGUAACUAUUUUUGUUAGUACAACAAUUUACAUAAAAUGAGUGUUUCAAUGAGAGAGAAAAGUGUUGGAGUUGAUGCUCAGCUAGUUGUCUUGCUACAGAUUGGCGUGUUGGCAAACCAGAGGAACGCCAGUCCCAGAUACAAUCAGUUCUUCCAUAACGUGGGGCUUGGCUGCGCGUUUUGGGUAGAACCAGAGCGCAGAGCUGGGGCGUGUCCUUCCGACGGCCCGCGCCUUUCUGGAUAGAAAGCGACACUCGUGUCGGAAGAGAAGUGUAAGUAUCACGGCACGGGCGUUGCUUAGCCCAGGGAUCCUUGGGCACCCAUCACCAUCGCCCCAUCUUUGGUUGACAUUUGUGGGUGAGCCGCAACCGACCCGACCUUGGGCUGUAGGUAGGGCAGGUCUUCUGAAUUGCUUCUGGUGGGGCAGACAGUGAUUCUGAUGCUCACAUUGGCCCCCACCCCCCUCUCCCCAGCUGACCAUCUUGAGGCCUCCAGUUAGAGUUGAGUUCUAAGGCCAGCAGGGAAAUGAGGUCAACUCAAAUGGAAAGGAUUUGGACCGCACGGGAGAGUGAGAGAGAGAGGGCCUCUCAGUAAAGUACUGGUCGUGUUUGGCCUAAACCAAGUGCCUGUCAGUAAUGGCUCUGGGCAGCCCAGUGUGCACUAGGCAAGCCCUUGGAAGCAGGCGGGAGAGCCCACCCUGCACCAGCUGCCUUCUCCAUCGCUCUGCCUUUAUGAAAAAUUUCUAUGCCACUGUAGAUAGCUCAGGCAAACCUAUUACCUGGGCCCGUUUUCCACUAAUGCGUCACCAGCACAGUGAGUGGAUUUAGACGGAUGCUCCGUUUUAUUUAAACCUCUUCCCGUUCCUGCCAAGGAAUCACUGCCGGGGUCGAAAUAGGGAGAACUCGUUCCAACCCUCCCAGACAGGACGCUGAGCUCCUGGGGCGACCGUGUGGCAGGGUCAAAAUUACACACUUGGGGAGAUAGCCACUGAACUGUGCUGAUAUGUGACUUCUUAGUGGCAGGGCCCAGCUGUAAUUAGACCUCCACUGUGUACUUAGCUGGAAGAGAGCAUGUUAAUUCUGCAAUAUGUCUCUGGUUAAAUGUUGCACAGUUCUUACCUCAUUUCUGUAAAUAAGGUUUUGUGAAAUUGGGUUUGUUUUGUAUGGUGAAAAAAUUAAGAGGAAAUCAUUACUAUUUUGAUUUGUAAUAUUUCUAAUUGGUAGAUGUAAUUGAAAAAAGGAAAAAAAAUUAAUUUAUUUUUAUAUGUUCGGGGGAUUUAAAAAAAAGUCACAAAUCAUUUUUGUAGAUACUUUACAAGAACCAAAUCAGUGUGGUUUAUUUUACCAAACUCACUGGUUGCUAGCCUGUAACAAUUUGUAUAAAUGGUUUUAAAAAAAAAAUUGAAUGUGCCGGUAUUUUGCCUAGAUGUAAAGUUACAAGUGUAUGAAAAGAAAUGUACAAAGGUUUUGUUAAUAAAUUUUAAUGAUGUUUAUA